AUGGACGACAUUGCUCGCGAAAGCCGAGGACGUGUCACACACUUUGUCUCGCCUCUCUUUGCGCUCACGCAGCAGCGGGGUCGGCUUCAGGCGCGCGCUCCGCCGGUGCCGCUGGGCUGCCCUCCACCGCCCCCCCCCCCCAAGCUCGCACGAACGCAGAAGGGCGGAGGAGCGAAACAACCGCAAGACGUGGACCUGGAGCCAGACGGAGCGCGACUGGGAGUCGGAGGAAGACGACGACGAGGAAGAGGAGGAGCAGGAGGAGGGCCGGUCGCCGCGAUGAGGGAACCUCUCACCGACGAGGCUGAGCCCAAGAGGACCAAGAGGCGAGUUCUCUUCACCAAAGCGCAAACGUUCGAGCUGCAGAGUCGCUUCAGGCGGCAGCGUUACCUCUCAGCGGGCGAGAGGGAGCAACUGGCCUCCGUGCUGCGGCUCACGCCGACCCAGGUGAAGAUCUGGUUCCAGAAUCACCGCUACAAGCUCAAGAGGGCCACGUGCAUGUACGGCGACAGGGAGCGCGCCGUCGAGCCGCCCUUGAAGAUGACAGCUCAGCACCAGCAGCAUCAUCAUCAGCAGCAGCAUCAUCAUCAGCAGCAGCAUCAGCAGCAGCAGCAACAGCUGCGUUGUAACCUCGCUUCCCCGCGUCGCAUCAGCGUUCCCGUGUUAAUUCGGGACGGUAAACCUUGCGGACAAGCUGUUCAUCAUCAGCAGCAACAGCAGGAAGAUCAGAAUCACCAUCACCAGCAAGAUCAUCAUCAUCAUCAGCAGCAGCAGGGUGACCAUAGCGCCUAUGAGCUCCAGGGAGCACCGCCCGAACUGCAGGAGCCGCCCACGAUUCACGGCUGCUACGGCGGCGCCUCGGCGCGUUACCCAGCCGCGAUGAGCCACGGCCACGGGUGGACGUGGUGA